AUGACCCGUUUUCUCGAAGACAGCGGCAUCGCCGAAGAUGACGACUAUCCUUUCGGCUUCAUUGACAGCAUCAACCAAUACUACAAGCCCUCAGAACUGCCAAUCGAGACUGACAGCAACCCAAACUCGCCAUUCAUCAACAAGUCGCCUCGAGGAUGUAGUGAAUUGCUUCUGGAGCUUUGUAACGAUACAAAGUCAGAAAUCAUCCCGUACUUUAUUAACAUCAUGGAUGGAAGAACAAUGAGGAAUGAUACUGUACUACUGGUAGAGCACAUUGAGGAUGAUUUUGACACCGUCCGAGCUACAUUUGGUCCAUCAGCCGAGACCAUCAUACUCUAUCAGACAGGGCACAGUGGUAUUGAAGAGGAUCAGGACAAGGCUGCAGAAGACAAAGACAAUGUCUUUCGCGGACAGAACUAA